AUGCAAGGAGCUGGCAGGCGAAAUGUCUUCGAUGGGCGCGAUUUUCGCGGCCGCAAUCAGCGAGCUCAUCAAGCAGCUCGAGCAGUGUCAAAGGAGCAGCGCCAAGAGAUUAAAGAGGCCUUCGACAUCUUCGAUUCAGAGAGAACUGGGAAGAUGGACUACCACGAACUCAAGGUUGCUGUCCGAGCAAUGGGCUUCGAAAUCAAGAAGCCCGAAGCUCUCGAACUGAUGCAAAGGUAUGACCGGGAAGAGACUGGCCAGCUGGGCAGCAAAUUGUUGAGAGAACUGAGAAAACAAUCGGAUCUCGAUUCUCAAGGAUGUUUGCAAGAGACUUGA